CUAACACUUGAAAAUCACAGAAUGGCAUCAGUCUCGAAACAGCCCUUGGUAUGGAUAGACUGCGAGAUGACCGGUUUGGACACCAGCAAAGACACCAUCAUGUCUCUUGCCGCGUUUGUCACCGAUGCAGACCUGAACAUUCUCGACGAGGAGGGCUAUGAGGCCAUUAUUCACCACGAAAAAGAACAACUUGAUCAAAUGGGCGAGUGGUGCACAAGGCAUCACGGCGAUUCUGGCCUGACGCAAGCUUGCCUCGAUUCCAGCACGACUGCAGAGGCGGCUGCCGAGGGCUUGCUACAGUACAUCAAGAGGUUUGCGCCCGAACGCCGCACUGCACUCAUCGCUGGCAACUCAAUCCACGCGGACAGAGGGUUUCUUGUGCUGCCUCCGUACAAGCCAGUCAUCGAUCACCUCCACUACAGGAUUUUCGACGUCAGCAGCAUAAAGGAAGCUGCACGAAGGUGGGCGCCAAAGGAGGUCUUGAAAAAGAUUCCACGGAAACAGAUGCUUCACGAGGCUCGAGCAGAUAUCCUGGAAAGUAUUGAAGAGGCAAGGUACUAUCGCGAAGCGUUUUUCAUCAAGAAGGAACCAGAAUCAACGAAGUAAACCAAUGAAAGAAUCCGACCAGUCUAUCACUUGAGCGUCACGAUUAUC